AUGGAGGUUGAGAGAAGUUUGUCAGUGAACACUAGUGUAGUGACUAAGGACAGAGUUGCCUUGGGUGAGAAAACUGUUACUGCCAUCAGAACUGUGAAGGACAUAGUUAAGUUCAGUGAUCCUGUAGAUGAACAACCUCACAAAAUACCAUUAAACAGUGAAAUACUUCUGGCAGCAAAAAUGGCCCAUAACAAGUAUAAACAGAGGAUUGAGACAGAAAAAGAAGAAAGAGAGAAAAAGAAACAGGAGAGAGAGAAAGAAAGGCUUGAAAAGAAAAGACUGGAAGAACUUGCAACAGAAGAGAAGAAUAAGACCUCCUUCAUGCUUAAAAAAGAAAUGGAGAUUCAGACAAGGUUGACUGAAGCAGAGGAACUGUUAAAAGAUGGGAACAAAAAGCUUUCUAAAGCUGUUGAAAGUAGUGACAUGAAAGGUGCUUCUGUAGCACAAAUGAUGAUAGCAACAGCCACAUCAAAGAUAGAGGGUAUAAGAAAGGAAAUGGACAGGGUACGUGAAAACCAAAGGGAAGUUGAACAGCAAAAGAGACAGUUACUGGUUAACAGACUAGAUAAGUGCAGUUCUAAAUCAUCAAACAAAGGAAAGAAACAAGAAUCAGCCAUAUCAAGUUCCAAAAGCUCUGCCACUGCUUCAACAAGAACUUCAAAAUCUGAACCAGACAAGCAAGCUGCCUCUUCUUCCAAGUCAAGUCCUUCAUCAGAAAAGCAUUCAUCCAAGAGAAAGAAUGAAGAUAAAGAAACAGAUGCCAAGAAAUCCAAGAAGGUCUAA